GGCAGCCAUUACCCGCAGCCAUUACCCGGCAGAGGAAGAGUUCUUGAGGAGGGAAGCACCCUCCACCCCUCCUGUCUGCUUUGGGGAAAAGAGAAUACAAGAUAAGGGAGAAGACGGGAGGAAGAAGGGGGACAAGUGAAAGGGGUACAGAGGGAAAAGGACAGCAGUGAAAGGCUAGAGCGUGCAGGGGGCCGGCGGCCAUGAGGGCGGCAGUGUGGAGCAGGUGCGUGAGCACUGGGGCAGGGGCAGCUGCCCCUGCUUGGAGGCGGUAUGUGCUGCGCCCCUCCGCUGGACACUGUCGGAGUGUGCUCGGAGUACAGAGCCCACACAGCCGGGUAAGCCUGUGCCAUCCUGGAUCCCCACGCUCCACAUCACCAGGUCCACCACAGGUCUUCCAGGAAGACCGCGAUGAACAGAAGCAGGGCCCUGGGGCUUGGGUGCACUGGUCCUAGGACACUGGCUUCCUGAUUACCGGAGGAGGCGGCCAGCAGAAGGUCAACCCAGAGACCUCCGGAGCAACUAGGAUGUACCGAUGACUGGCGUGAGAGAGCACGUGGGGUGGAGCGGCCAGAUGAUCCUUAAUUGCUGACACUCAGCAAAAUAAAGCUUGGAAGGCUGGGAAUCUUUGAUAGCUUUGAAAGCACUUGCUUCUUCAAGAGCUCUGUUUCCAGAACUUACAGCAGGAAAUGGUUGCAUUUUGGGGUCCUGCCGUAAAGCAGAAUAAGACUUGGCUACUCAGAGAAGGAUAAUCUGAGUAUGUUUCCGGAUGAAAAAGAUACUUUGCUUCCUGGAUUGUUCUGUGAUAAGCACUCUUAAAGAUCAUAUUCAGUGAAUUGCAAAAUUCUCAGAAGGAGAAGGUAGAUGAAGAAAAGCCACAAAGACAUUAUAAAAGAAGAUCCUGAGGACCUGGGGGAGGAGUGGUCCAGCCUCAGGUCAGUCGUGGCAGCUCCUUCUGCCACCAUGGUCCUUGUUGAUGAGGUAACUGAUAAAAACGAUACUUAUACAGAAAUUAUCACUCCAGUGACGAACAAUCAGGAUGAAGAAGAAGAAGAUUGCAUAGGAUGCUGCUUCCGGAUCCAAAGAAACAACCGACAGACAUCACAAAGAUCCACCUCUGGCCACAUCAGAAAGUUAUGCUCCUGGCGCCACCAGCGAGUGCAACCCGCCAAUGGGCCGGGGACAGAAGAAAUCCCGGACUUCCAUGAAAGGCUGCCCAGCACCACGGGAGGAAUAGAGGCUCCAAGUGGCUGCACAAUGCUGGCCGAUGACACAACUAAUAAUAAUGGCAUGGCUUUGGAGAGCAGCACUCCAGUGACAAACAAUCGGGGUGAAGAAGAAAAAGAUUGCAUAGGAUGCUGCUUCCGGAUCCAAAGAAACAACCGACAGACAUCACAAAGAUCCACCUCUGGCCACAUCAGAAAGUUAUGCUCCUGGCGCCACCAGCGAGUGCAACCCGCCAAUGGGCCGGGGACAGAAGAAAUCCCGGACUUCCAUGAAAGGCUGCCCAGCACCACGGGAGGAAUAGAGGCUCCAAGUGGCUGCACAAUGCUGGCCGAUGACACAACUAAUAAUAAUGGCAUGGCUUUGGAGAGCAGCACUCCAGUGACAAACAAUCGGGGUGAAGAAGAAAAAGAUUGCAUAGGAUGCUGCUUCCGGAUCCAAAGAAACAACCGACAGACAUCACAAAGAUCCACCUCUGGCCACAUCAGAAAGUUAUGCUCCUGGCGCCACCAGCGAGUGCAACCCGCCAAUGGGCCGGGGACAGAAGAAAUCCCGGACUUCCAUGAAAGGCUGCCCAGCACCACGGGAGGAAUAGAGGCUCCAAGUGGCUGCACAAUGCUGGCCGAUGACACAACUAAUAAUAAUGGCAUGGCUUUGGAGAGCAGCACUCCAGUGACAAACAAUCGGGGUGAAGAAGAAAAAGAUUGCAUAGGAUGCUGCUUCCGGAUCCAAAGAAACAACCGACAGACAUCACAAAGAUCCACCUCUGGCCACAUCAGAAAGUUAGGCUCCUGGCGCCACCAGCGAGUGCAACCCGCCAAUGGGCCGGGGACAGAAGAAAUCCCGGACUUCCAUGAAAGGCUGCCCAGCACCACGGGAGGAAUAGAGGCUCCAAGUGGCUGCACAAUGCUGGCCGAUGACACAACUAAUAAUAAUGGCAUGGCUUUGGAGAGCAGCACUCCAGUGACAAACAAUCGGGGUGAAGAAGAAAAAGAUUGCAUAGGAUGCUGCUUCCGGAUCCAAAGAAACAACCGACAGACAUCACAAAGAUCCACCUCUGGCCACAUCAGAAAGUUAUGCUCCUGGCGCCACCAGCGAGUGCAACCCGCCAAUGGGCCGGGGACAGAAGAAAUCCCGGACUUCCAUGAAAGGCUGCCCAGCACCACGGGAGGAAUAGAGGCUCCAAGUGGCUGCACAAUGCUGGCCGAUGACACAACUAAUAAUAAUGGCAUGGCUUUGGAGAGCAGCACUCCAGUGACAAACAAUCGGGGUGAAGAAGAAAAAGAUUGCAUAGGAUGCUGCUUCCGGAUCCAAAGAAACAACCGACAGACAUCACAAAGAUCCACCUCUGGCCACAUCAGAAAGUUAUGCUCCUGGCGCCACCAGCGAGUGCAACCCGCCAAUGGGCCGGGGACAGGUCACCCUCGGCAUAUUUUGGUGAAGGAGUACAGCAGCACAGAAGAAACGCCAUCUGACUGCUCAAUCUUGAUGAAUGAGUGGCGUUAUAGAAGCGAAUUGAUUGUGGAGAGCAUUGGCAGCAUCACUGAUGAAGAUACAGAAUGUUACAUGGCACAUAACAAGAAUUCUGACAAGGACAGCAGAAUUAAGCGGGUAAUCUAUUUCCUCUUUCACAUCUUUUCAUUUUCCUCUCUUUGUGUCACCUGUAGACUCUUCCUUGUAAGUCUUCCCCACCUCCUCUCUCCAACAUUUUAUGAUACUUAUCAUGAUGGAUUUGGUCUCAGAGACUGUACUUUUCCUCCCAGAAGUGGAAAUGCUCCCUGUUCCUGCAUUUAAGAAAAGCAUUUGGGGGGACAGCCUCCGAUGCCGAUGAUGAGCACACCUAGGAAGAGGCAGUGUCAAUGUGGCAGACCAGGGGUGCAAAGGUGAGGAGACAGAUGCGCCUGUUCUCCACAGCAUGCCCAACUUCCUUUUGGUUUUUCAGAAAGCCAGACAAAACUCUGUGUGGCCGCCCUUGAGUGUGACCACAGAAGUGGAGAAAAGAGGAGGGUAUUAAUCCAUCCAGAGGAUGCCAUGAGCACACCUCCCAAGCAACACAUCCCCAUCCCAGGAGUCCCUGAGGUUGCUAGUCCGCGGAGCGCUGUAGGGCCAUCAAGUUCAUGACUCACUAGGGGCUCUUCCCAGUGUGUUCUUUUUGAAGAGCCCCACUGGAGUGGUCCAACAUCCUCUGCAGGACCCAUCCCUGCAGUGCCAAUCCCCACCCCCUGAAGUUACUAGGGAGCCUCCCCCCACAGGGAAUCACCAGGUGAUGUGAGGCAAUGGAGAAGUGGCCCUGACCUGCCCAGUCUCAGGACUUCUGGGAAAAGGGUGAAGAAGACCCAGACACCCGCUGCUCUGUGAGCAGGGAGCUCACCUGUCCCUGCUCUGCAUCCCUAUGGACUCUUUAUGGUCCUGGUAUCAUGUUGGGAAGCUGCAGGAUCCCUGCUUGCCUAGGAGGUGCCUGAGCCCUGGGGGUCCCUCAGCCUCUGCAGCCUCCUUGCAAGGUCUGGGUCACCUUAUGGCCCCAUUUCACAACCUGCGCUGGAGCUUCUGUAGAUACUAUAUGUGUCCAAGUCACACUAAAGCAGCACGAGGUGGCACUUCAUUGCAGUGCUCAUUUGGGAUGGGUUGCCAGGCAGGAUUUAUGUUACUUCUGUUCCUUUUGUUUUUUCUCCAAUUUUGUCAUUAAAUAACAU